AUGAGCGCCGGUGAGUUGCAGCAGGCGCAGCCCAGAGCCUCGGCGCCGGCGGCCGCCCCCGCGCCCCCGCAGCCCCGCAGCGCCCAGGAAGCCCCCGACAUGGCGGUGUACUGCAGCGAGAACUUCAGCGUCUACCCCCAGCCCAGCCUCCACCCGCCCGGCGCCGCCGCCGCCGCCGCCGCGGCCGCCGCUGCCGCUGCAGCCGCCGCCGCCUCCUCGGGGCAGCGGGCGGGCGGGUACGCGCUGGGGGACUACGGGGCGCCCGCCAACGCCGGCUACCUGUGGGGCAUGAACAGCCCCGCGCCCUACCUGCAGGGCCCGCCCGGCUCCGCCGCCGCCGCCGCCGCCGCGCCCUUCCUGCCGCCGGCCUCGUACGGCUGCUCGCGGGGCGGGCAGCUGGUGGGCUCGCCCGCGGCGCCCGGCUCGCCGUCGGCGGGCGGCGCGGAGCUGAGCUGGCUGAGCCUGGCCAGCCAGGAGGAGCUGCUGAAGCUGGUGCGGCCGCCCUACUCCUACUCGGCGCUGAUCGCCAUGGCCAUCCAGAGCGCCCCCGAGAGGAAGCUCACCCUCAGCCACAUCUACCAGUACGUGGCCGAGAACUUCCCCUUCUACAAGCGCAGCAAGGCGGGAUGGCAGAACAGCAUCCGCCACAACCUCAGCCUCAACGACUGCUUCCGCAAGGUGCCCCGCGACGAGGACGACCCCGGGAAGGGAAACUACUGGACCUUAGAUCCCAACUGUGAGAAGAUGUUUGACAAUGGGAACUUCCGUCGCAAACGCAAGCGGCGGUCUGAGCCCAAUGCUCCUGCGACCGCAUCUGCGGCCUCCUCUCUGGGGGGCCUGAAGGCUGAGGAAGAGCGACCCAUCCCAGCUACAGGCAAACCGUGUGGAAACAGCCCACCCCCAGAGCUGGACCCCUCACCUUCUGCCAGGGACCAUCCGAAAAGCUCCUCUCCCUCCAGUAUCAUUUCAUCCACCCCUAGCUGCCUCAGCACCUUCUUCAGCGGCAUGAGCUCCCUGAGCAGCGGAGGCAGCCGGCUGACAGGGGGUCUCGGCAGUGACCUGCAUCACAGGAACUUCUCUGCUGGACAGCUGAGCAGUGGCACUUUCACCCCUUCCAGCAGCUCUUCUCAGGAGGUGCCUUCACCAGACCAGCUGCAGCGGGUCGCGGGACCUUCCCCCGCCUACUACAGCUCCUUCCAUCCCAGCAGCAGCAGCCAAGGAGCCCAGUACAACCACUACUACAACUUCACGGUUAACAGCCUCAUCUACACCCGGGAUGGAACAGAGGUGUAG